AUGCACUCGGGUGAAUUGACUUUGAGAACCGUUAAAAGAGGCGGGAAUAAUGUACUUACGAUUGAAAGUGAUAACUUGAAGCAUCGUUCAAGUGAAAGGUCAAAUGAAUUCAGAAAUCAAAGACGUCAAAGUGUUCAUACUCCAAGUAUAGGCCCUUCAUACUUUGAUCAGCCUGUGCCCUUGGCUGCAGGGUUUCAUGAUACAAGAUCUUCAACUGAUGCUGUGUGCAUAGAUGUUCAAUCUUUACCAGGUGCUAAAGAAGGUGAUGUUGCAGAAUUGAUUACAAGUGGAGAAAACAAGAAAAAAUUGUUAUUUAUUGUGAAAAAUAUGAACGAUGAAAUGAUUAGACGUUCUAAAAAUUUUCAAGUGUCAAUUUUGUCAGGUACAUUACAAAAUUUAUUAGAUAUAUCAUCAAGAAGUCCAGUUACUGUUAAAUUGAAGGAUAAACAACAAGUUGAGUUAGAUUUAGUAGAACUUCAUAUCAGAGAUAUUUCACUGACAAGAGGUGAUAUGUGGGAAAUUGCUUCACUGAUGGUGGGGACUUGUGCUUACAAAAAUCAAAGGCUAUCAUUUUUCGAGGGUGUACGGUGUAAUGUUAAUGCCUUAUAUAAUGAUGGUAAAAAAUUAUUUUCAGGUUAUAUUGGUGAUAACACAAAAGUUAUUUUCAGAUCAGAAUCUGCUAAGCUGGUAUUUUUAAUCCAAAUCACAGAGGAAAUGUAUCAUUUUGAAGAAGAUGGUGAAUUGAUGUAUCAUAAAGUUGUUAACUCUUUGUUUCCAAAGAUUUUCAAAAAAUGGAGAGAAGAAGGUACACAUCAUUUGAUAACAAUUGUAUUUGUUGCAAAUGUUGACUCAUCAGAAAAUUCAUGGCUUGACCUGAAAGAUGGUGAAUGUGCUAAAAAUUCAAGAGAUUUUUACAGAGUAGUGGUUGAUCAAGUUAAUAUCGUUCAUUGGAAUGAAAUUAUGAUUUCAUUACGUUACGAAUUUGCAAAUUUUAAAAAAUAUGUCAUGGAACAUCAAUUAAAACAAGAUAAAUCAUCAAGAAGUAGAUUUUUACCUAUAAUAAAAGCUGAUAUACUUAAUACAAUUAACUUAUCAACAACUCUUGUCAUUGAUAGAUUUAGAGAUCCUGAUCUAAGACAUACAACAACACAUUUCAUAGUUAUUAGUCCUGGUAAUGGUAUUUAUGAUGUUGAAUAUGAUGACUUACUUGAAACCGGUAAAAGAUUGCUGAAUACUGAAAUAUCCGUGGAUAUUAUUUGUUUAGCUCAACCUGCUUUACAUGUUACCCCGUUAUUUAGGUAUAGAGAUAAAUAUGGGAAUUUACAUCAUUGUGUUCCUGGCUGGAUUGAUAUUUCCUUUUGGAGUGAUAGAAGUUCUAGAGAGAGUCAAUGGAUACCAAAGACUAAGAUUUACGAAUUACAGAUGAUGGGUAUCAUGGAAAAUGAGUUAAGUGCAGUAACAGUGGAACAUUUAAAUCCUGUUGUGAAAUCACAAAUCAAUUCAAUUGUUGAUUUAAUGGAUGAUUAUGAUAAUAACAUUUUCAGUGCAGAUUCUGCUCAGCGUCCCGAGUUGACACAAAAUAAUAGUAUGAGAAGCUUACAACCAAAAAGAAAGGAUUCAACACUUUUCUGGAAGAUUACAAAUGCUUCUGCUACAAAAUCAGAGCCUAUUACUACAGCAGAACCAACAUUCAGUGUAUCAAGAAGUGCUGUUAGCUCAUUACAACAGAUUGGUAAAACUGAAUCAAGAGAUAGUAGUAAAAGAUCAACUGGUGGAGAUACAUCAUCAUUAUUUUCUAGACCACCAACACCAAAAAGAAUUCCUAUUUCAAGACCAUUAUCAGCAUCAUCAAAUAAUUUUAGAACAUCCAGUAAUCAAGCACAAAAAUCUCAAGGUCUUUCAAGCUCUCCUAUUUCAGAAACUUCCAAUACACCACAAAAGGAAAAAAUAACUGCAGCUGAUACUUUGAAAACUGUCAUGUGGACGGAGAUUGGUAAUCCUUCGCAAAGUAUAAAUAUUCACAAAUUGAAAACUCUUAGUGUUGGUAAAUGGCAAGAUGUUUUCCCUAAAAAUGUCAAAAGAAGAAAAAUCAAGUGGAGAUCAUUGGUAUCACCCUCAGAGCUACCUAUAUCAACGCCUUUAUUUCCAACUGUUGAUGACUUUGAAAAUAAUUUCACAUUUCAAACGCACUCUAUUUCACUGAGUCCUGAGCAUGAAAAGUUUAUGAACUCAAAUGACUUGAUGAGAGAUAUGAUUCAUUUAAGAUUAGUAUUGGGAUUUCAAAUUUGUUAUGGCUCAAGAGUUGAUAAAAUUGAAAAUAAGAGACAAUCAGAAGGUAAUGCUUCACUAUUGAUGAAAUAUUUGCCAAAAUCCAAUUUUAAUGGUUUAAGAAUAUAUAUGUCUCUUGAUGAAGAGAUCCAUAGAAUUUCAUGUGAUUAUAAUGGUCUUGUGAAUGUUCAAAGAUAUAAUAGAAUCCAUAAUGAAAACAUGUUUAGAGAUGUUGCUAAGAAUGUUUUAAUCAAAACAAGAUAUCAACUUGGAUUUGGUCGUUAUGAACCAGAUCCAAAUGUCGCUAAACCUAGAUUGAAUAAUUGGAAUCAAUAUGAUCAGUUAUUAGCCGGUUAUGAUGAUGAUGUUAUUAAAGAUAAUAAGCUUAUGAAUAGGGUGAAAUUUGUACUUUUACCAACUGAAGUUCCAAAAAGUACUUACUUAACAACAUCUCAUAAUAAUGAUAAACCAGAACAACUAAGUGAAGAAGAAACAAGAGUUGAAGGUCUACGUAAAUUAAUUUCAACAUUACAUCGUGGAACAUUUUCACCUGAUAAUAAUUCGAUUAGAAAAAAAUCUAAAAAAGAGGAAAUUUUCCCUGAAAUUAAUUUCUAUACUGGUAAUUUGGUUUCAUUUUUAAAAGAUCAAAAUAUUGUAAUGGAUGAUGGUUCAGUAAGACAAAACUCUGUUGGAACACAGGUCUUAACCAAAGAGAUUCCUACAAAUCAAUUGAUACAAGAAAUUCAAGGAUCUAAAGGUAUUAAACUUAUAGAUAGAAGAUGGCAUUGGAAAGUUCAUUCUAAUUGUUUCUUGGGUCUUGAAUUGGUUAGUUGGUUGAUUGAAAACUUUGAAGAUAUUAAUACAAGAGAAGAAGCUGUUGAGUAUGGUAAUUUCUUAUUAGACCAAGGUUUAUUUGCUCAUGUUGAGAAACGUCAUAGAUUUUUGGAUGGUCAUUAUUUUUAUCAAAUUAUUGAAGAAUUUGUUUCUAAACCAGAUUCUAUAAAUGAAACAUUAAAGACACGUUCAAGAGGUAAUUCAAUCGGUUCCAAGAACUCCAAAAUAUCUGCAAUUACACCUGUUAUAGCACCACAAAGUGGACCUGGGGAUAAUACAUCUAUGAAGAAAACUAAAUCAGAAGCUUCAGAAUUGGUUGGAAAUGGUAGUAAAAAAACUUAUGUUUUGAGUAAAAUGCUUAAAUUUGAUAUUGAUCCAAGUAGGAAAUCAUAUAAAAGGGAAGUAAUUACAGUUCAUUAUGAUACUGUUCAUAAUCCAAAUCAUUGUUUCCAUGUUAGAGUUGAAUGGUUAACAGCUACACCCAAGUUGAUUGAUGAUACAAUCAAUGGUUGGUCUAGAAUGUGUGAAAGAUAUGGUUUGAAAUUAGUUGAGACACCAUGGAAUGAAUUGUGUGAAAUUCCAAGAUUAAGUCCAUUUCAUUCAUUUGUUGAUAUUAAAUUAGCUCUAAAUCCAUGGGAAGAUAAAGAGUUUAACGUUUCUGAUAUUAUUUCCAGGCAUAAGUUUUACUAUCAUAUUUACUUGCUAGAGUAUUCUGGGUUUUUAUUAGAUAAUAGGGCUUCAUUAUUUUUUAAAACUGAAGAAGAAUUGGAAGUUUUAUAUUCAUGGGGUAAACCACAAUUUAAAUAUGCACAAUAUAUUCAUAAGACUGGUGCAUAUAUUGCAGAGAUUAGAGAUACAGGUGAUUUAUUUUUAGCACCAAAUAACAGACAUUUAGCUCGUGUAAAUGUGGGAAAUGUUAGCUCUCAACAACAAGCACCAAGCUUCUUUUUGGAUUCUCAAAAGAUCAUGCUAGAAUUCAGGGCAACAUGUCUUGAUUCUUCUAGAUUGAAAGAAGUAUUUCUCAAAGCCAAAAACAGUUGGGUCUCUAGGGGUCAAGUAGAUAGUGCAGUAUUAAGUCCAAUUCAAGAUGAUCUAACACUGUCAUGA